AUGAAGGGUGUCAUCUUUGAGAAGCAGGGAGCUGAGCCAACGGUCGUUGAUGACCUGGACAAGCCGUCGCCGGGACCAGAUCAGCUGCUGGUAAAGUCCAUCUGGACAGCAAUCAACCCUGUGGACCAUUUCAUGGCCGCGUAUGGCCUUCUUGUGGUCAAUUGGCCGCUAGGACUUGGCGUUGAUGCCGCUGGCAUUGUGGUCGAGGCGGGAAGUGAGGCGACUUCCCAGUACGGUUUCACAUCCGGUGAUCAGGUGUUCGGCUGCACCAGGGUAGGAAUGCUGGGAUACACCGGCGCCCAAGAAUACUUCCUGUUUGAUGCCGCAGUGACUCUUCGGAAGCCAGACAAUAUUUCUUUGCUCGAGGCCGCGACGUUGGGGGUGGCAAGUGAGACAGCAUGUCUGGGGUUGUUCGACGGCCUCAAGCUCACCUUACCUGAUCCUAGAAAUCUCCCAGCGUCCAAAGAAGAAUGGAUCGUCAUAUUGGGAGGCGCCAGCAAUGUCGGAAAAGCAGCAAUUCAGCUCGCUAAAGCGACCGGUUAUAAUGUGGCCGCCUCAUGUUCGAGCAAAUCUGCUGCUGUCGUCAAAGAACUCGGCGCCGUUCCGUUUGACUACAAGCAACCCUUGGAGGAUCAAUUCAGGGCUGUGCUGGACAUCACUGGCGGCGACGUUGGCCGCAUCUACGACGCAGUCGCAGGGGACGACCCUGUUCUCGCCAAAGAGUUGUUCAAGGCAAGCAAGAGCACCCAGAAGUUUUUCGCUACCACAAACGACUGGAGCGGCAUAGGUGACUUUGAGGGUGGCAAGACCUACCUUGUUGCUCUGGGAACUGUUGGGCGACCAGAAGCCACUGAAUUAAACAAGAAGGUUGCGACGUACAUUCCUGUCAUCAUUGGCCUAAUUGAGGCGGGCAAACUCUUGCCGACAGAGUAUGAAGUGAUUGGCAACGGAGGCUUCGAGGAUGCGAUCAAGGCAUAUCAUCACCAAUUAGCUGGCGCUGGAGGAUCGAAGAAAGUUGUGGUCAAGAUCCAAGACGAAUAG